AUGGGCUGCCAUUUUUCUGUCUGGGGAGUUUUGGCCUUCCUGAGUUUGGCUCUCAUUGUUUCAUUGACACUGAACAUUUUACACUAUUUGAAAAAGAAGAGAGCUAAAAUGCAUAAAGACUACGAAGAGAACAAUCCAAGCUAUGAUGACUAUCCCACAGAAGAUUACCCAGUUUAUGGCAAUCUCAAUCAAGAUAUUUUAGAAGAAUGUUGUUAUGAGCAGAUGAAGUCCCAACCUCAAAGGCCAGUUAACCAGCCACAGGUGGAGUCUGCCAGUCAAAUGUGUUAUGCCUCACUUGAUCACAGUGUCAAGGGAAAACGCAGAAAACCAAGGAGAAAGAAAGAUCCUUCAUUAGAGGAAGAUGAAGAAGAAAGAUCACCUAACCCCACCAUGAUGGCUUCCAAAGCGAGCAUUUACCUCAAUAGUGAGCAGCUGGCUGCUGAAAACACAGCAAAAGUAGAAGCCAUUCAUGAUGAUCCCAUCAGGUUAAUGGGCUUGAUCCAUAAGCAAAAGGAGAGAAUAUCUGAAGUGGCUUCCUGAACCAAAAAUGUAAUCAUAA